AUGGGAAGUCAAUAUCUUGAUCUGGCGAUUACCCCAGCGGACACUGCGUUCGGUCUCAUGGCCGACUUCGAUGUAGACACUCAUCACAACAAAGUGUCUUUAAUUGCCGGAGCAUACCGCGGAGAAGACGGAAAGCCCUGGCUCUUGCCCAGUGUCAAAAAGGCAAAGCAGUAUCUCAGCGACACCAUCCACGAAUACUUGGGCAUUGCAGGAUCACCAACUUUCAUCCACUUGGCAAAAGACCUCGUCUUUGGACCCGCUGCAUCCAAACUCCAAGAUAAUAUAGCAUCGGUUCAAACAGUGUCCGGUACAGGCGCAAACCACCUAGCAGCAACAUUCCUGGCCCGCCACCUUCGUCCAAAUCGCGUGUUCAUCCCGGGCCCGACGUGGAUUAACCAUAAAUCGAUUUGGGAAAUGGCCGAGGUUACAGUUGCAGAAUAUCCCUACUACUCCCCUGCCUCGAAAGAAGUCGAUAUAGUCGGGAUGCUGGAUUCUCUGGAUCAAGCCGAGCCUAACGACGUCGUCAUCCUGCAAGCUUGCGCGCAUAAUCCUACUGGGGUGGACUUGUCAAAGUCUCAUUGGAUGCAGGUUGCGGAGGUCGUCCGGCGCAAGCAGUUAUUUGUCGUCUUCGACAGUGCGUAUCAAGGCCUCGCGACUGGCAAUGUUGACGGCGAUGCGUGGGCAGUUCGCUAUUUCGUGGAGAAUGUCCUUGCCUUCGAGACACCUCCCGGUUUGUGUGUGGCACAGUCAUUUUCGAAGAACUUUGGGCUGUAUGGCGAGCGUGUUGGUGCUUUGCAUUUGGUUGUUGCGCCGCAUCUUUCGGCGAAGGGCGCUCGUAGUGAAUUGAUGAAUAUUGCGCGAGCGGAGUAUUCUAAUCCGCCUCGGUUCGGGGCAAGCAUUGUUGAGAUGGUCCUUGGGGAUCGGGAAUUGAGAGACCAGUGGAAAGCGGAUUUGGAAACUAUGAGCUCACGAAUUCGGGAAAUGAGGCAUGAGCUGAGGCUGAGGCUUGAAAAAGAGACACAGCAGGAUUGGUCGCAUGUUGAGGCGCAAACUGGAAUGUUUAGCUAUACAGGGCUGACCAAGGAACAUGUUGCACGGCUGCGAGAUGAGUUUCAUGUCUACUUGUUACCAUCAGGUCGGAUGAGUGUGUGUGGAUUGAACAAAGACAAUGUCCAACACGUGGCACAUGCUAUUGGAGAAGUCAUGAAGAAUUAG